ACAAAUUCUAGAGCACAUAUUAAUCAAUUUUUUUUUAAAAAAACAUCUUAAUUAAGUCCCCCUUAAAAUGUCCCUAAUCGCCGAGGCGCCAAGCUUCCUCCAAGUCUUCUCCGACGGCACCGUCGUCCGCACCGCCCACCGAGCCGCCGCCUGCUCCGCCACCUCCAAGGAUGUCACCAUCGACCCCUCCAAGCCCAUCACCGCCAGAGUCUUCCUCCCCUCUGCUGCCGCGCCGCCGGCACCGCUCCCGGUGCUCCUCUACUUCCACGGCGGCGGCUUUUGCAUCGGCUCCACCACCUGGCUCGGCUACCACGUCUUCCUCGAAAACCUCUCCGCCGCCGCCGGAGCCAUCAUCCUCUCUGUCGACUACCGCCUCGCCCCCGAAAACAAGCUCCCGGCCGCCUACGACGACUGCUUCGCCGCGCUCCAGUGGCUAAGCUCCGGCGCCGAGCCGUGGCUCGACGCUGCCGACCUAUCCCGAGUUUUCCUCGCCGGCGACAGCGCUGGCGGCAACAUCGCCCACAACGUCGCUAUAAAAUUCAUUGGAGAAAAAAUUUCCAAGAUUUCAAUCAAAGGGAUUAUACCGAUCCACCCGUAUUUUGGCAGCGAGGCGAGGACAGAGCUGGAGGCAGAAGCAGGCUCGGUGGAAGAGGUCAAGAUGAACGACAUGUUUUGGAAGCUAAGCUUGCCUGACGGGGCGGAUCGGGAUUUCCACAGUUGCAAUUUCGAGAAGGCGGAGGUGGGGUGGGGGUUGUUUCCGGCGACAGCAGUGUUCGUUGCCGGAAUAGAUUUUUUGAAAGAGAGGGGAGUUAUGUAUGUGGAUUUUCUGAAGAAGAAAGGUGUGAAAAACGUGCUUUUACAUGAGGCCGAGGAAGAAAAGCACGUUUUUCACGUAUGGAAUCCGAACUCAGAUGCUGCUGUUUCGCUCCAAAAUCAGAUCAAAAAUUUCAUGCAAAGCUUCUAA